GUUGAUGGGAUACUGUGCCUGGCUGACAUUCUUACCGAUAACACCCAUUCCGAAGCUACUCAUGCAGAAGCAGCGGCAGUAAUUGCGCAGAUCACAUCUCCACAUCUCACGUUCACUCAGCAUCUCAGCAGCUUUCUGGAAAAUAUGGAAGAAAUUGUAACAGCACUUGUCAAGCUGUGCCAAGAAGCCUCAUCUGGUGAAGUUUUCCUGUUGGCUUCAGCAGCUCUUGCCAAUAUUACUUUCUUUGAUACCAUGUCUUGUGAGAUAUUGCUCCAGUUAAAUGCAAUGAAGAUUCUUCUAGCAGCAUGUUCGGACAAACACAUAGUGGAUACUCCAUAUUCCCGAGAUCAGGUGGUAACAAUAUUGGCAAACAUGUCUGUCUUGGACCAGUGUGCUUCAGAAAUCAUUCAAGGAAAUGGUGUUCAGCUUCUAAUGGAAAUGCUCUUUGAAAGAUCAUCUUCAGGAAAUUCAGCAGAAGUUGCUGCUUGUGAGCGAGUCCAACAGAAAUCUGCAGUUACUCUGGCACGACUCAGCCGAGAUCCUGAAGUGGCAGACGCAGCUGUAAAACUCAGCUGUAUUCCUCGCCUAAUUAAACUUUGCAGAUCACCAACUGAAAGAAACAACAGUGAUUCUGUUUUAGUGGCAUGUCUGGCAGCCUUACGAAGACUAGCAGUUAUGAGUCCUGAUGGACUUGAAGAUUCAGAUUUUCAGCAGCUAGUGAAGCCCAGACUUGUGGAUUCCUUUCUGCUAUGCACAAAUAUGGAAGAGAGCUUUGUAUAAAUGUGAGCCAAAAACCUUUGAGAAAUAAUCAAGAUGAUAGUUAUACAAUAAGAUACACAUACAUAGUUUUAUUUAGUUUGGGUCCUAUUGUUAUUUAUGACUUAUUUAUUUUUUAAAAUCAUGACCAUGUGGUUUGUAGGAGCAAAGAAGCAGAGUGAGCAAACUUGUUUCAGUGGUUUGCAAAGGUAAUUU